AUGCAUGCCUGCACCGCUCUCUUUGUGGUGGUCUUCUAUGCCGCUCUGGCGCAUGCCUGGUUACCGAGCAGUCGGGACCUGGCAGCCUUCAAUGCGACCGCGCGAUACGCAGAACUCGGGCAGCAGAAAGCGCCAAAGAAAUCGGGCACGAACAACAGAAUCCGCGGCGUCAACUUUGGAGGCUGGCUGAUCUCGGAGCCCUGGAUGAUGUCUCAAGAAUGGAACGAGACUCUCAAGUGCGGCAAUGCGAAAUCCGAGUUCGACUGCAUGUUGCAGGCCAAGAAUACUUCCGAGCAGAACGAUCGCUUUGAGGAUCACUGGAAGAACUGGAUCACCCCCGACAGUGUGAAGUCCGUGUACGACGUUGGUCUGAACUCGAUCCGAAUUCCUAUCGGGUAUUGGAGUUACAAGGACAUCGUCCUCCCCAGUGAGCACUUCCCCGACGGUGAUCGCAUGCUGCCGUACCUGGACGCUGUUGUCCAGAAAGCUGCCGAUCUCGGGAUAUUCGUUAUUCUCGACUUGCACGGGGCACCUGGAGCCCAGCAAGACGAUCCAUUCACAGGCCAGCUAACCACGGUUCCUGGCUUCUACGAUGCGGCAAAUUAUGGCCGUGCAGCACUCUGGUUGAGCUGGAUGACGAAGAGGAUCCACACGAACCCAGCGUACAAGACUGUCGGCAUUCUUGAAGUCCUGAACGAGCCGGUCAGCAAGAACGAUGGCAGUGCAUAUCCCGCGUCGGGAGAGAAUACUCUGACCUCGGUCUUCUAUCCGCAGGCCUUGUCAGCCAUCCGGACUGCUGAGAAACUGCUGGGAGUGUCCUAUGCUGAUGCCCUGCACGUCCAAUACAUGGAUGAGCUCUGGGGUGCCGGUGAUCCCGACUCCAAUCUGGGCAAAGAUAAAUCAAUUGCGUACGAUGACCACAACUACGUGCUUUCUGUCCUGACAGGGGGCAAUCAGACCACCUAUAUGUGGUACAGCUGCCAGACAGAUAACCGGAGAACCGACAAAGAGACGCCGAAGGUCGUGCAGGAAUGGUCGCUGAUGGUUGGCAACAAAAUCCAGGACGAUCCAGACUUCACCAUCAGCAACAACCAGAACAAGGGAUUUUAUAGCGACUGGUUCGCCGCGCAGCAGCAAUUGUACGAACAGACAAACGGUUGGAUUUUCUGGACGUGGAGAAGCGACCUCGACUAUCGAUGGACUUACUCAGGCGCCACCGCUGCGGGUGUUAUUCCCGCCAACGCUUCGGGGCUCGACUGGUCAGCGAAUGUCGAUGUGUGUAAAAAGUGGUUUCCCCAUACGAAGAGGAGGAGCGCUGCUGCUGCGACUGCUCCUCAUGGUCUUCUUACGAUAUUGGGACUGCUGUUUCUCCAUUUCGUCCUUACAUGA